AUGGAAGACAUGCAGACAAUUUAUGGGUUUAAGUUGAAAUAUAAUAAGGCUUGGAGGUCUAGGGAACAAGCCUUAAUGGCAGUGCGAGGAACAGUGGAGGAAUCAUAUGGAAAAUUGUCAUCAUACCUGUUCAUGCUGCUCAAUCAGAGGUUUCAGGUAUUGUCGUCCAGUAUUGUGCGUCGAUGCCAGUUUUUUAAACACAAGAUUAGAAGUCAAUUAUUGAUUGCGAUUGCAUUGGAUGCGAAUGAACAACUAUUUCCCGUUGCUUUUGGUGUCGUUGAUUCGGAGAAUAAUAACUCUUGGACAUAUUUCAUGCAACAAUUCAAAGUGGCAAUUGGAUUAGUCUCGGAUCUCGUCUUCGUAUCUGAUAGACACUCAAGUAUUGUCAAUGCUUUGUCCGCUGUUUUUCCAGAAGCACAUCAUGCGACAUGCACAUACCAUAUCAAAAUGAAUAUUGUGGCCAAAUUUAAAACCGAUAACUGCCACGAUGAGUUUGAUAUGGCUUCACGCGCAUACACAGUGCCAAAGUUUCAUCAACAUUUUAACAAGAUCAAGACCAAGGACUCUCGUAUUGUUGCCUAUCUUGAAGAGAUAGGAAUGGAGAGAUGGAGUCGUGCAUUUUUUCCUGGUUUUCGAUACAAUUAA